AUGGCAACGAACAGCUCAUCCAAAUACAAGGACAUCAUUCCCAAAAGUGUUCUGAUCCAAUCAGGACCUCCUGCUGUCUACCAGCUGAGACCAAAGAAAGAGAACAUUGGACCUCUAAGAAGAAUGACUUUUGGUGAAAGAAAUGUGAACAAGAUAAACAAAACCAUCUUGCUUGUGGGUGAAACAGGAACAGGAAAAUCUACUCUGGUCAACGCUCUGGUCAACUACGCCAUGGGAGUGAAGUGGAAGGAGGAUGUCUGGUUUCACAUCGUAGAGGACGAGAAGGACAGGGAGAGAAACCAAACAGAGAGUCAGACAUCAGAUGUGAUGGUGUACCAGGUCUUUGGUUUUGAAGGUGAAACUCUGUCCUACUCUCUGACCAUCAUCGAUACUCCUGGAUACGGAGACACCAGAGGGAUCCAACAUGAUGACAUCAUCAGUCAGAGAUUAUUAGACUGGUUCCGCUCAGAGGACGGAGUUCAUGAGGUUAAUGCAGUGGGUCUGGUGCUGAAAGCAACUGAGAAUCGACUGGGUGACUGACUGAAGUACGUCUUUGAUUCAGUGGUGUCUCUGUUUGGAAAAGACAUGGAGAAUAUAUUGUUGCUCUCAUCACACACUCAGAUGGUCUGACACCUGAAAAUCCUCUGAAAGCUCUUGAUGCUGCAAACAUUAAGAUAGCCAAAGAUAAGGACAACGAGCCUAUUCAUUUUAUGUUCAAUAACUACCAGAGUAAACAGAGAAUUCAAAAGGAUAAGCCUUUUUUUAAAAGUGCAUGGAACUUAACAAUGAAAGGAAUGGAUCAGUUCACAGAGUUUCUGUAAAA